CUUUGGUGGGGGAAAGUAAACACCAAACGGCCUAUAAGCUUAUACCCUCGGUGGGCCAUGAAUUUGAUUGCCAACUAUGUGGAUUUCAGCGCGCACCAAUGCUUGCCGGCUGUGCUACGCUGGUGUGACACUGCUGGCAUCUACCCGUUGUCACUGCUUGAUGCAGAAACACGAGCUCAGCUGUUGGAGACAUGGUCACGCUAUUCUGUCAUGCGGUCAAUCCAGAUGGAGGUACAUGUGCGGGGCCAUCAAUGGGAGAGGUUGCUUGCCAAUUCGUGUACCGGAACCAUGGUGCGGGUUCAGCCGAUGAUCACUCGGCUCGGGCGCACCAGCUACACGGUUCGGAACGAAGUGACGUCGUCCUCCUUGCCGCUGGCCACAGUGGAAACCGUGAUGGUGCAGUUGGAUGAGUCGCUGUCCAAAUCGGUGCCAUUGAGUUGCAGUGAGCAGUUGAAAUCCAUCCUGAAGCCGCAGAGUACUGCAACUGGAAUUAGAUGCCCAGUCGCCGGUAAGAGGCCUUCUGCUUGUUUUUCCUGGGGCUGUGAAGUGAGACCUUCAGAUUGUGACUUGCUGGGGCACAUGAACAAUGCCAGCUACAUCACACUGGUGGAAGAUGCCCGUCGAGCUGCUGGCUUGACCUUUGAUGUACAGGUCGCCUCGAUUGAAUACCUUCUCCAAGCCAAAGCCUUUGAACUCCUCCAGAUCGCCCUGUGGCGUGACCAGCCAUCCGCACAAGGUCAAUCGGUCAUCGGAUAUGAGAUGAAGGGAGAACAAGGGCUGGUGGCCAGAGGAAGUUUGGUCAGUUUCUUGGAAGCCAAGCUUUGACGUGAAGUUAGAACCGUGAAUCCAGACACACCUCAAGGAUGUGGAAGUCCAUGAAACCUCCCAAGCCUUGAGGUUAACAAUAGCUGUUUGGUUGGUAGCUGGUGAUCUUGCCAAUGUUUCCUGGGCUCGACAGGGAGCAACUUCGCUUGGCAAGUGUCCUUGGACGCUUCAACCCAGAGGGGUGAGCGCGAGGAGAGUCUGAGACAUUUUUUGCACCAGGUAGGGGACAGUGCCGGAAGUUGGGCACGCGGUCCUUUGGUUUUCUUUUGCUCCCUGCAAGUCAAGCAGAGGACGAUUCCAGUGGAGGCAAAA